AUGUCGGCCCUCAACUUGAGCGAUAUCGCAAUCGCGCUUCGCACGGCGCGCGAUGAGCGAAAGCCUAUGGAUGCACCGACAAAAACGUGGACCUCUCUCGAUGCCGAGGGCGGAUUCCAGAUUCAAAAAAUCAAUUCCGAUUUUGCCAUCAACAACGGGGACCGUCUCGUGGGUUACAAGCUUGGUAACAUCGCAAAAGUCAUGCAAGUUGCUUUUGGGCUUGACCACCCAGACUACGGCUUUCUGCAUGCAAGUACCUUCUCAUAUGAAGGAACCCCCCUUCAUCUCGAUCAGUUCAUCAAGCCAUAUGUUGAGCUUGAACCGGCUUUCGUCCUGCGCAGCGCUCUGAAGGGCCCCAAUGUGACUGUUGCCGACGUUAUCAGUGCGGUCGAUUACGUCGUCCCCGCAAUUGAGAUCAUUGACUCUCGUGUCAAGAAUUGGGCCAUCGACCUGCCGGAUACCUUGGCUGAUAAUGGUUCAAACGGCGGUGUGAUUCUUGGCGGUACACCCAAAAGGGUGUAUGAUCUCAACCUCAGUAACACCAGGGGUGUCUUGCGUUUCAAUGGCCAAGAGGUUAUGUCUGGAAACACUCGGAAUGUUCUCGGGAAUCCCCUUGCUGGAGUUGCUUGGUUGGCGAAUCGACUGGCUGAGUAUGAUAUUGAAUUCCAGCCCGGUCAGAUCAUCUUGCCUGGCAGUUGUUUGGAAGCCGUUCCGAUGGAGAAGGCUGGGCGGUGGUCUUGCGAGUUUGAAGGCUGGGGCACCAUUGAAUUUGAUGUUGUUUAA